AUGAAGUUCCCACCACGAGAUGCCACUGCGCUCGCCAUCAUGCUCGCAUGUUUAACGUCAGUGACGGCACAGAAUAUGUCAUAUGGAGCCAACAACUUUUAUCACAGUGACUGCGUGACGGUUGAGCCCGUCAACUUCAGGAGCCAAAAUCGCAUGGCUAUUGCCGGCAACCUCUUUUUUCCAAAUGACCUCGAUCGGAGUGUCAACGCGUCGGCUGUUGUCGUCGGCCAUCCCAUGGGUGCAGUAAAAGAGCAGAGUGCAAACCUCUACGCCACCAAGUUGGCCGAGCAAGGCUUUGUCACAGUCACACUAGACCUCCCGUUCUAUGGCGGCAGCGAGGGUGAGCCACGUAACGCGGUGUCGCCGGACCUAUAUGCAGAAGCGUUCAGUGCUGCAGUCGACUAUCUCGGCACACAGGACUUCGUUAACCGCGAGCGGAUCGGUGCGCUUGGUAUAUGUGGCAGCGGCAGCUUCGUGAUCAGUGCGGCCAAGUUAGACCCACGCAUGAAGGCCAUUGCAACAUCGAGCAUGUACGACAUGGGUGCUGUCAAUCGUGACGGUCUGCAAAAGUCACAAAGCGUAGACCAACGCAAAGAGAUCAUUACUACGGCGGCACAGCAGCGCUGGGUCGAGCUCGACGGCGGCGAAGUUGUGUUCGCCAUUGGCACACCACUUCAGCUCACGCCGGAAUCGACUGCCAUCGACCGUGAGUUCUUCGACUUCUACCGUACGCCACGUGGCGAGUUUACCCCUAAGGGCUCGAUGUCAAACAUCACGACGCACCGCACACUUACGAGCAACGUGAGGUUCAUGAACUUCUACCCAUUCAAUGAUAUCGAGACGAUAUCGCCUCGUCCAAUGCUAUUCAUCGCGGGCGAUCAGGCACAUUCGCGAGAAUUCAGCGAGCAAGCUUAUGCGGCUGCGGCUGAACCCAAGGAGCUUUUCUGGGUGCCAGGCGCUGGCCAUGUAGACCUAUAUGAUCGCGUUGAGCUCAUCCCAUUCGAUAAGCUUGCCCGGUUCUUCCAAGUUAAUCUCGGCGAGUAA